AUGCAUCCAAGCAAGAGUUCUCCAGCAAGUAAGAAGGCUGACGCCGAGGAGGACAUCACCGUCGACCUAUAUCCAUUUAUACGUGAAUACAACGGCGGCCAUGUCGAACGCUUACUUCGCAGUCCAUUCGUGGCAGCGUCCGAGGACGCGGUUGCCAACCGUGGAGUUGCGACAAGGGACGCCGUCAUCGACGAGAAGACGGGCGUGUCCGCACGCCUGUUCCUUCCCUCCCUUGCCGCGGCCGCCGGCGAGCUGCUCCCCGUCAUCAUGUACGUCCACGGCGGAUCUUUCUGCACGGAGAGUGCGUUCUGCCGCACGUACCACAACUACGCCAGGUCCCUGGCCGCGCGCGCCGGGGCCCUCGUCGUGUCCGUGGAGUACCGUCUAGCGCCGGAGCAUACCGUGCCCAUGGCCUAUGAUGACGCCUGGGCGGCACUUCAGUGGGUGGCGUCCCUCUCUGACCCCUGGCUCUCCUACCACGCUGAUCCCGGGCGCACGUUUCUCGCCGGCGAUAGCGCUGGCGGCAACAUCGUCUACAACACGGCGGUGCGUGCGGCCACCGGCGGUGGCACUGGCAACCACAUCGACGUUGAGGGUCUUGUCAUCGUGCAACCAUACUUUUGGGGAGACGAUCGGCUGUCCAGCUCCGAGGAAGUCUGGGACGGCGUCGCCAUGUUUGCUACUGAGGUCAUCGACAGGCUCUGGCCGUUCGUUACGGCAGGUCGGCUCGGCAAUGACGAUUGCCGGGUCAACCCUGCCGACGAGGAGAUCGCCUCCCUGACAUGCCGGCGUGUUCUGGUCGCCGUUGCCGAGAAGGACACCUUGCGUGACCGCGGGCGCCAGCUGGCGUCCCGCAUAUAUGACUGCUGCUCAUGGGCCGAUGAUGAAAAUGUGGUGACAUUGGUGGAGUCGGAGGGCGAAGACCAUGGCUUCCACCUGUACAACCCACUGCGUGGGACCAGCAAGACUCUCAUGGACACCAUAGUGCAGUUCAUAAACCAACGCACGGCCUUGCCACUGCCGGCCGCUUUGCUGCCAGAGCUUCACGAGCUGCAUUCACGCCCCCGAGGUAAGAAGAAGACAUCAUUUGCUGUCCAGCCUGUUGAAUGCGUGCCUACUAGGCCGUAUAUGGGGGUGUUUGGGUGUGGGAUGGCCAUGAAAAUCUUGUUGAGUGGCCCUAAUGAUAUGACACGUAGUAGUUGCUUAAGCAUUGGACAGGGAAGAAGGGCCUCCAAGACUAGAUAUGGGUUAUUUUUGGGCCAUCUUAGCAAGUCUAACAAGACCAACAGGAUCUCAUUAUCAGCAACAGCUCCCGAGAGUUGUGUUUUCCACAACUUCAUCUAG